AUGCCUUUCAAGUCUUCAUUCCCAGAUUUGGACAUACCCCAAACCGAUUUAUUGUCUUAUUUAUUUGGAAAGCGUAAUUUAUCAGAUGAGCCGCUCUGGUUCAACAGCAGGCAGCCUGAAAUGAAUUUGUCCCCAAAGGGUGCUUUACAAUGGGUUAAGAGACUCGGUGUAGGGCUUUCCCAGCUAGGCAUAAACAAAGGAGACGUGAUUCUAAUCUUUACUCCAAACCAUAUUUUCGUCCCCGUCGCAUAUCUCGGCAUUGUUGGGUCUGGAUACGUUUUCAGUGGUGCCAACCCGUCAUAUACUGGCCAAGAGCUAGCUCACCAGCUUUCCAACUCGACGGCGAAAGUAGUAUUGGCACAUCCAGCAGUCCUCGACCGGGCCAUAGCGGCAUGUGAUAUGGUCGGCAUACAGAAAGAUAGGAUUUUCCAGUUCUCUGACGAAGUGGAGCCAACUCGUAAUGGUAUCGAGGACUGGACUUGUAUGUUGGGAACUCCACAGCAAGCAGAGAAUUGGAGUUGGCCGUUGUUGACCUCAAAAGAGUCUACCCAGACCAUUGCCACUAUCAAUUACAGUUCAGGAACAACAGGGCUACCAAAGGGGGUGUGUGUAUCACAUUCAAACCUCAUAGCGAAUCUCGAGCAGAGUUAUUUCAUGAGAUAUGUCGACACGCCGUAUUUAAAGUCAGGGACCCCCCCGCAGGAGCGGUGGAUUGGAUUUCUUCCACUUUACCACGCCUACGGCCAGUUAUAUACCAUUCUUAUGGCCCUCAAGUUGGAGAACCCCGUCUACGUUAUGACCGAGUUCAAUUUUGAACGGUUUCUCGAUGCCAUCAGCCGACAUAAGAUUACUACUUUACAGGUGGCUCCGCCUGUGUUGGUCAUGCUGUCAAAGCGCCCCGAAACUUCCAAGUACGAUCUGUCGAGUGUCGAAGAAAUUCGAUGUGGCGCUGCGCCACUAUCCCGAGAACUCCAGAACGAUUGCCGAAAGAAGUUGGGAAUUCCCAUCCGACAAGGUUGGGGCAUGACUGAGCUAACCUGCGCAAGUAUCACACAACCUUCAAGUUCGGAUGAUGUCAUGGGCACGGUAGGCAACCUCAUGCCUAACUCUCAUUGCAAACUUCUUGAUGACGAAGGUCAAGAGGUUGGAAUUGAUACCCCGGGGGAAUUGUGCAUCAAAGGACCGAAUGUAUGUCUGGGGUACUGGCAGAAUGAAAAGGCAACACGAGAGACCAUACAGAAUGGCUGGCUCAGGACCGGAGAUGUUGCGAUCCGUAACAAGGAUGGUUUGUUCUGGAUCGUGGAUCGCAAAAAGGAGUUGAUAAAGGUCAACGGCCUUCAAGUAGCCCCUGCGGAACUUGAAGCUGUCCUAUUGGAGAACGAGCAUGUUGCGGAUGCUGCAGUAGUAGGAAUCACAAUACAUGGUAAUGAGUUGCCUCGUGCAUAUGUAGUCCUUCAACUUCAAUCCAGAGAAAAGCUUCAGCCGGUCGACAUAGAGAAAUGGAUUACUUCUCGAGUGGCCAAGCAUAAGCGACUGGGGGGUGGCGUGGUUUUUAUUGAAGAAGUUCCGAAAUUAGCGAGCGGCAAGAUACAAAGAAAGGUGAUGAGGGAGUGGGCUAAAAGAGACGCUGCUGAUAUUGAGAAGAGGGGUGAAGGGAAACUGACGGCGAAGCUGUAA